AGACUGUACAGUUCAUUCAGCCGUCACUUUGUAAACAAGCCCAAAAAGGCGUGUCAGUGGACCGGAAGUGUCGCUCAGCUGAUCUGUGUUACGCAUGUCGGAUCUGAGAGGAGAGAGAGGAGGUGGAAGUUCUCCACACAGCGCUCAUCAUGAAAUCCUCCACAAAGCGACAAUGACGUAUCAAGACCAUGGGAUGUGUUCCUUCAGGGUUCUCGUGCUCCUCGCCUGGUUCCUGGGGGCCCCUGUGGUUGACUCCUCCUCCCGCCUCCUCUCCGUCACCUCCAAGGUGGGGAACCAGGCGGUGCUCCCCUGCAGCUGGAAGCAGCGCCUCGGCGCGGCGGCGCGGCCGGACUGCCACGUCCAGUGGGCCACGCCGACGGACCGGGUGUUCGAGCUGCGCGGGGCGCAGCGCUGGGAGGCGGAGGAGUUCCGGGGCCGGGUGGAGGUCCCGGUGGAGAAGCUGGGGUCCGGGGACUGCUCGCUGGUCAUCAGCGACGUUCAGAUCGGUGACGCCGGGAGCUACGAGAGCUUCAUGGUGGUGGGGGGCCACGACGGGGCCUCGAAGAGCCAGGUCUUCAUCCAGAUGGUCAGGCUGUCGGUGUUAGACCACAAGUCCACCGAGUCCCGAGGACCCGGAGAGGACCUGGUCCUGGACCUCUUCACUCGUCACUCUGUGAGAGUCGUCUUCCAGGACCGGAACAGCUCUGAUUGGUCGGUUCUGUGGGCCAGGGGGGACCAGGAGGCGGGCCGUCUGCUCAAACACCCGGAGGAGGAGCAGCUGACCUUCAGGAGGCUCCGCAGGGAGGACCAGGGGACGUACAAGGUGCUGGACGAGCACGGCCUGGCCGUCAGCACCGUGCGGCUCUCCGUGGAAGAAAGGCCCAAAGCUCUCAGAGUCACGGAGCUCCUGGAGACACCGACAGACGGCGCUGCCAGAAGAAGCUGCUCAGCUCUCCUGGUCUUCAUCUCGUCAGCCUCUCUGCUCCACGCUGGACGGGUGUGAAACGGAGGACCGCUACUGCACACGAGUGUAUCUUUACACACACAUGUGUGAACACGCAUCUACAGACCGUGGAACCAGCCAACGAUCUUCUGAUGUUCUCAGAUGGACGUCGUGUUCCUAAUGAUUGUUGAGUCAGUGAAGUGAAGAAAAGGUCCUUUUAAAGCCCCCCGACGUCUACAAAACCCCCCCUCAGUUAAAUGUGAAGCUGGCGUCCCCGUGUUAGCUUAGCUUAGCACAAAGACUGGAAGCAGAGGGAAACUGCUAGCCUAAUGUGAAGUUCAGAAAUACACCAAGAUCAUUAAAUCCAUCCAAUAAGUCCAUUUAAAGUUUAGACGCAUAAAAACACGAGGUGUGAUGGUGUGUGUUCAUGUGCAUGGAUGUGUGUGUGUGUGUGUGUGUUUCAGUGAGGUAUUUAUGCAUAUUUACACUUUAACUCGUUUUAUUUCAGGUAAUUAUGGUAAAUUACCUGUUCAGUGGUUAUUAUUCGUCCUUUGGGUGUGAAUUGUUGAGAUAAAAUAAUAUAAUAACCUGUUGGUCAAACGUAUGAAUAAACAUUGAAUUAAAAGACUCAAACAUGA